UGAAUUGCGGAAUAAAGUAAUUAAAAAUGGUUCGUAAACUCAAAUUUCACGAGCAGAAGCUGCUCAAGAAGGUGGACUUCAUCACCUGGAAGGUGGACAACAGCGGCAAGGAAAACAAAAUCUUGAGGCGCUUUCACAUUCAGAAAAGGGAGGACUACACCAAGUACAACAAGUUGUCCAGAGAGAUACGGGAACUGGCGGAGAGGAUAGCCAAGCUGGAUGCUUCUGAACCGUUCAAGACGGAGGCCACAACCAUGCUCCUAAACAAGCUGCACGCUAUGGGAGUUUCCAACGAUCAGCUAACUUUGGAAACGGCGGCCAAGAUAUCCGCUAGUCAUUUUUGCCGACGUCGUCUACCCGUGAUCAUGGUGAAACUGCGCAUGUCGGAGCACCUGAAAGCGGCCACAGACCUCAUAGAGCACGGACAUGUGCGGGUGGGUCCGGAAAUGAUUAAGGAUCCCGCUUUUCUGGUCUCCAGAAACCUCGAGGACUUCGUCACCUGGGUGGAUGGCUCCAAGAUCAAGGAGCAUGUACUCCGCUACAAUGAUAUGCGGGACGACUUCCAAAUGUAGACUACCAUUAAAAUAACCAGUAGAGUAGUAACUAAAGCGUAACUUUCAAUAAAACCCAAUAAGACUUUGUUAAAUAA